UCAACCUAAUCUCUUUCCACAUGGCGACAAAAUCCCACAACCAUAAAAUCCCAUCUCUUCUCCCCACCCCAAAAAUUUCAAUCCUCUCUUUCCCUCUUCUUUUACCCAUUUCUCUUCUUCUCCACAUAAUGGGAAGCCCUCAAUCCAAUUUGCCACCUGGUUUUAGGUUCCACCCAACAGAUGAAGAACUCAUUCUUCACUACCUUAGCAAAAGGGUUGCAUCCAUACCCUUACCCGUUUCCAUCAUUGCCGAGGUUGAUAUCUACAAGUUAGAUCCAUGGGACUUGCCAGCAAAGGCAACGUUCGGGGAGAAAGAAUGGUACUUUUUCAGUCCCAGAGACCGGAAGUACCCAAAUGGUGCAAGGCCAAACAGAGCAGCUGCUUCAGGGUAUUGGAAGGCCACUGGCACAGAUAAGACCAUAGUCACAUCAUUGCAGGGUGGAGCAGUUCAAGAGAACAUUGGUGUGAAGAAGGCUUUGGUGUUCUACAAAGGUAGACCCCCAAAGGGUGUCAAAACCAAUUGGAUCAUGCAUGAAUAUCGCCUUGUAGAUAACAACAAACCCAUUAAGCUCAAAGACUCCUCCAUGAGAUUGGAUGAUUGGGUGUUGUGUCGGAUUUACAAGAAAUCCAAACAUGCUCUAACUUCAACUGAGGCAGGAAUAGGAGUUGGUGAGGUGGAUCAAGCAGAGGAACAGCUAUUCAAUGACACCCUUUUGCCAAUCUUAAAAUCUCCGACACCUCCUCCUCAGAACACAUUGAUGUCUCAAAAAUCUGUCUCCUUCUCCAACCUGUUGGAUGCCAUGGACUACUCUGUGCUCAGCAGUUUCUUGUCUGAGAACCAUUCCAACCCACCAGGGAUUGGAUCAAGUGCAGGCUUCAACACUGAGAAUUUGGAACACCAAUCUUCUCCGAUCAACACCCCCAACAAUGGCUACACGUUUCAGAAGAACACCCAAUUCAACCCUUCACUCUCCAACAUGGAAAACAUGAGGCCGAAGCGCCAAUUUUCAAGCAUUGAUGAUGAAACUCUGUACCCAUCGAAGAAAUACCUGAGUUCCUCUUGCAACUUUCCUUCCAACAUCAACCCCCAGUACGAGAAUCCACAAUGGAACUACCUCGUCAAACAGUCUUUGCUGAAUCAGCGGUUACUGCUUGGUCCUCAGCUUCAAUUUCAAGGAUAAUCCAAACAUACACCAACAAGUUAUUAAGUCAGAAAAAAAAAAAAAACAGAAUUGAAAUAGAAAAAUUACAGAGGAGUAAAAUAUUCAAAAGCUGAACCCACCAAAGAACACACCAAUUUCAUCAUUAGAUAAGAAGGGUUGGUAAUUUAGCACAUAGAUAUUGUUAUAGCGUUUUUUGUUUUUUAAUUAAUUUGUGCUGGAGAAUGAAGAAUAGAAGGUAGCUUGAAAGAAGUAACAGUUUGGUAUAGAAUCAAAAGAAAUAUUCCAUCAUUCAAGGGGUCAAGAAACUGUAGAAACAAAAUAUCCAAGUUUCUAUGACAAAUCAAAACAAUUUGUGUACAGAAUGUUAAUUUGUACGUGUUUGGAUUUGGAGGUUAGCUUUAUUAUAUACUUUGUAGAUAAGGUAUUGUACUUGAUUAUGUUGAUAUUUUUCAUUUUUCA